AUGAAAGAACACCCGACUGCGUUAUGGGAUGCCAUGCAAGAUGGGAACGUGUUCUACCGCCGUCAGCAGUUAUACUCGACAACAGGCAAGUUGCCUGACUUACGUGACUUCAUCAUCGCUGGCUGUCGCAAUGGUGGUCCAAUAGCUCUCAUGCGGAACACUGCAAGGAUUGUUGCUGUCACCCGCGCAACUCCAGGGUUUGCCAAGGCUCAAAUCCAAGUUUACUCGCCUGCAGGAGAGAGUUUGAUGACCUUCAGUUGGGAUCAAAGCAAAAUCAUACGUUUUGGAUGGACGUCUGACGAGAGAUUGGCGGUUUUGAACGAAGAAGGCACAUAUCGCCUUUACGACCUUCAGGGAGAUUAUAACCAGUUUUCGUUGGGAAGCGAGGCCUCUGAAAUGGGGAUCAUAGACGCGCGUAUACAUGAGGAUGGAUUGGUAGCCAUGUCGGGCUCUUUGACGUUGUUGGAAGUGAAGGGCUGGCAAGGCCAAAGACCACUAACGCUAGCAAACCCUGGACUAUCUGAACCACCAAACUCAUGGGCCGUCAUUCCACCUGACCAGACCAUAUCAAGGCACGUGGAAGUGCUGCUGUCCGUGAAUGCUACCAUAUUUGCAGUCGACAAUCUCGAGAGCGUAGAUCAACGGUUGUCUCGCGGCCCAUUCACUCACGUUUCACCUUCGCCGAAUGGUAAACUGCUGGCUCUCCUGACGUUUUCAGGUCUUCUGUGGGUGGUAUCGACAGACUUCCAACGUAGCUUGGCCGAAUUUGAGACGUCAAGUAUUGGAGCUCAGGGCCAGGUCAACCAAGUCGAGUGGUGUGGAAAUGAUGCUAUCCUCGUGACGUGGGAGGGCCUCGCUCUUCUUGUCGGACCUUCUGGGGAUACUCUUCAAUAUUUCUACUCCGGCCCUACAUUUACUGUUACAGAAGUUGACGGUGUAAGAAUAGUUGGUACUGACGUCUGCGACCUGCUGCAAAAAGUACCGGCCUCAUGUGUCUCUAUAUUCCGUCCUGCCUCGACUUCGCCAUCAGCCAUAUUAUUCGAUGCUUGGGAUAGCUUUUCUCGUCGUUCACCAAAAGCUGACGAGAGCAUACGAAAUAUCCGGCCAGAGCUCGCAUCUGCUGUUAACGAGUGCAUUGAUGCAGCAGGGCGAGAAUGGGAGCCUUAUUGGCAACGACAGCUGCUUAGUGCAGCAAAGUUUGGGUGGGGAUUCUUGGAUUUGUAUGAUCCAACUGACUUUGUGAACAUGGGUCAAACACUUAAAGUCCUCAACGCAGUCCGCUACUACGAAAUCGGAAUUCCUCUCACUUACUCCCAGUAUCAAUAUGCCUCUCCUUCCCACCUCAUAACUCGCCUCACCUCCCGAAAUCUGCACCUGCUCGCGCUUCGCAUUUCAUCCUUCCUGUCUCUAAAACCAGACGUCGUUCUGAAACACUGGGCAAGUGUCAAGAUCGCGCGGUCCAAACCAACCACGACGGGGACUGGCAAGGAUGCUGAACUCGGUGCUGACGACGAAGUUUGUAGGUUGAUCGUGGACAAAUUUGAGAAACUGGGGGGUGGGGAUGUCAGCUAUUCCGAUAUUGCUAAGCGGGCUUGGGAGGUGGGCAGGGCAGGGCUUGCAACGAAGCUUCUUGACCACGAAACGAAAGCAUCGGACCAGGUCCCAUUAUUACUAACCAUGAAGGAAGACAAGCUAGCUCUUGCAAAGGCUGUCGACAGUGGAGAUACCGAUCUAGUCUAUCAUGUCUUGCUUCACCUGCACAAACGGCUACCACUGGGCUCUUUCUUCCGCCUCAUUGAAGACGGCGGCUCACGACUCGCCCCUGCCAGUAAGCUGCUGCAAGUCUACGCACGUGAGCAGAACCGAGACAUGCUUCGCGAUUUCUAUUACUCGGAUGAUCGUCGCGUGGAGAGUGCGACACUCUGCUUGGAUGAAGCAUCACGCAUGAUAGACCCAAACGCAAAGAUUACCUCAGUCAAAGCAGCCCAGAAAUUCUUUUCCGAGGACAAGGAUAGAAGUUUCGAAGCCAAGAUGAUGGACGAAAGCGUCCGCCUCCUGACCUAUCAGCAACAGCUGGAAAAAGAAGCCGAUGGGAAGGUCGCCUUCUUUGGGCAGAGCAUCAACGAGACCCUCCGGACGUGCCUCAUCAACGGCAUGUCAAAGCGAGCGGACAAGAUCAGAGCAGAUUUCAAAGUGCCAGAUAAACGCUUCUGGCACCUCAAGCUCCACGCCCUCACCCACAUCCGCGACUUUGACGCCCUCGACGCCCUCGCGCGCUCCAAGCGCAGUCCGAUCGGCUACGACGCCUUCGUGCACCACCUCGCGGACAGGGGCCACCUCAAGGAGGCCGCCGCCUACGUCGUCCGCUGCGACCUCCCCAAGCGCGUCGAUCUCUACGUCGAGUGCGGCGAGUGGCGGAUGGCGGGGAGGGAGUGUAGGGAGAGGGGGGAUAGGGCGAAGAUGGAACAGUUACGGAAGAAGUGCCCAAACUCGUUGAUUGCGCGCGAGCUGGACCAGUUGGCGUCUUCGAUGAAGUAA